AUGGCUUCUCCUCAGGUCAUCCGCACCCCGAUCACUGAUCUGCUUAAGAUCAACCACCCCGUCCUGCUGGCAGGCAUGAACGUAGCCGCCGGCCCCAAGCUGGCGGCUGCGGUCACCAAUGCUGGUGGUCUGGGUGUCAUCGGUGGCGUUGGCUACACCCCGGAGAUGCUCCGUGAGCAAGUCGCCGAGUUGAAGAGCUACCUGAAUGACAAGAACGCUCCCUUCGGUGUCGACCUGCUCCUCCCCCAGGUUGGCGGCAGUGCCCGCAAGACUAACUACGACUACACCAAGGGCAAGCUGAACGAGCUCGUCGACAUCAUCAUCGAGAGCGGUGCUAAGCUUUUCGUCUCCGCCGUGGGUGUUCCCCCCAAGGCAAUCGUUGAUAAGCUGCACGGCGCCGGCAUCCUGACCAUGAACAUGAUCGGCCACCCCAAGCACGUCCAGAAGGCGCUCGCCGUCGGCAUCGAUAUCAUCUGCGCCCAGGGUGGUGAGGGCGGUGGCCAUACCGGUGAUGUCCCCACCACCAUCCUAAUCCCGACCGUCGCCAAGCUGGUGCAGGGCUACAAGAGCCCUCUGACCGGCCAGCCCGUGCAGGUCAUCGCCGCCGGCGGUCUGUUCAACGGCAACUCCGUCGCCGCCGCUCUGAUGCUCGGCGCCUCCGCCGUGUGGAUCGGCACCCGUUUCAUCUUGUCUGAUGAGGCCGGCGCCCCGGUUGCCCACCAGGAGGCCGUCCGCACUGCCGGCUUCGAGGAUAACAUCCGCACCAUCAUCUUCACUGGUCGCCCCCUGCGUGUCCGCAAGAACCCCUACAUCCUGAACUGGGAGGAGAACCGCGCGGAGGAGAUCAAGCAGCUCACCUCCAAGGGUAUCAUCCCCGUCGAGCACGACUUCGAGAACCUGCCCGAUGACGCUGACGAUGAUGCCCUGGAUAACGCCCGUCCCUUCCUGAUGGGCCAGGUGUCUGCUGUAGUUAACGAGAAGAAGUCUGCCAAGGCUAUUGUUGAUGAGCUCGUCAACGAUGCCGCUGCUCUCCUCAAGAAGGGCAAUCAAAUGAUUGCCAAGUUGUAA